AGAUCGAAAAGCUAAUUUUGGAAGUCAAAGAGAGAAAGCACGACGGUCGUCGGAGAUCGGCGGCGGCGAUGGAGCUUUGCUCCCUUCGCUUCGCUUUCGUUCUCGCUCUUCUCCUUUACCCUUGCUUCGCCGCCGCUAGAGGUGGUGAUCGGAGACCCAUUUCCCUGCUAGGACAAAUGGAUGAUGAGGGAUGGAUGCUUUCGAGGCAUCUAUUGGAGGACCAACCAUUGAUAACUGAUGAAAUGGUUAGUGGCUAUAUGAGUAACUCUGAACUCGAGAUGGCCAUCAAGGAAUUUGGUCGAAGAUGUUCUAAUAUCUCCCGAGUUUAUAGCAUUGGAAAAAGCGUCAAUUCUGUCCCUUUGUGGGUGAUGGAAAUUUCUGACAAGCCUGGGAAGGAUGAAGCUGCACCUUCAUUUAAGUUUAUUGGAAAUGUACAUGGCGAUGAACCUGUUGGGCGAGAGCUGCUUAUACGUCUUGCAAACUGGUUAUGCGAUAAUUAUAUGAAGGAUUCCUUGGCGAUGAUGAUUGUAAAACAUGUUCACCUUCACAUCCUUCCAACAAUGAAUCCUGAUGGAUUUGCUCUAAGAAGGCGUGGGAAUGCAAACAAUGUGGAUUUGAAUCGAGAUUUUCCUGAUCAAUUUUAUCCUCUGAAUGAUAGACUGGAAUCACGGCAGCCUGAAACAAGGGCAAUAAUGAACUGGGUUAAGGAACGGCGCUUCACUGCAUCUGCAAGUUUACAUGGGGGUGCACUUGUUGCAAAUUAUCCAUGGGAUGGCUCACAAGAUACAAGGAAGGAGUAUGUUGCAUGCCCUGAUGACAAGACAUUCCGCUACAUGGCAAAUGUAUACAGUCAUUCUCAUUACAAUAUGUCUUUGAGCAAAGAGUUUGAAGGAGGCAUAACUAAUGGUGCCUUUUGGUACCCUAUUUAUGGUGGUAUGCAAGAUUGGAACUACAUACACGGGGGUUGUUUUGAGCUAACUUUGGAAAUUAGUGAUGUCAAAUGGCCUAAAUCAAUAGAGCUUCCAAUUCUAUGGGAGUACAAUAGACUGAGCAUGUUAAAUCUUGUUGCAAGUCUUUUGAAGGCAGGCAUUCAUGGAAGGAUAUUAUCAUCCCAAGGUGGGCAUCCUUUGCCAGCAGCAGUGAAGGUUGAAGGAAUUGAUUAUACAGUGUUUGCUACAAGAACGCUCGGUGAUUACCAUCGAUUACUUGCACCUAGGGAGAGCUAUGAAGUCGUGGCGUCAAUGCCUGGAUUCCAAUCCAAAAGAACAAGAGUCGUGGUCGAAGACGAAGUUACGAGUUUAGAUUUUAUUCUAAUUCCAGAAGGAGAAGAUUCGGUAAAACAAGAUGAAAUUUUGAAUAACUACAUUUGUAGCUGUGGCGGGAAAGACAAGCUUGAACUAGUAGAAUUCUUGAGAGGGACUCACUUUGAGAUCUAUCUUUUUAUUUUUAUUGUUGUUGUAUUCCUCUUCUAUUUAUUGAAGAGGAAAAAAAUGUUUUAAGUUCCUAAAACACCGGCAAUUUUUGACGCAUAGGCGCCACGUUGUCAUUUAAGAUAAUUCUCUAGCACUAAGCUAGUUCAAUUUUUGUCUAGAAAAUACGUUCACAUUCUAAGAAUACAUAAACAAUUGUUUCUAAUA